UUCACCUUGGUUGCACAUCGCUGUAGAGAGGUACACGUUUGUUUUAAGCUAGAAAUUUGACAUUCAUAUGAAUGGUGGAUGUCACUUUAGUACCGCGCUGCGUCUGACUGUUCUCCAAAGAGAGAGGAAACAUGAAGCAGGACGUCAGGAUACUUUUAUUGGGGGAACCCAAAGUGGGGAAGACAUCACUCAUCAUGUCUCUGGUUGGAGAAGAGUUCCCUGAACAGGUUCCCCCCAGAGCUGAAGAGAUAACCAUCCCUGCUGAUGUGACUCCGGAGAAGGUUCCCACACACAUAGUGGACUACUCAGAAAAAGAGCAGAGUGAUGAGGUCCUUAGAGAUGAGAUCAUCAAGGCUAAUGUGGUGUGUGUGGUGUAUGACGUCACCAACGAGGACACAAUAGAUAAGAUUAAAACCAAAUGGAUACCUUUAGUCAACGGAGAUGCAGAGAAAGGAAACAAGAUUCCCAUCAUCCUUGUAGGAAACAAAUCUGAUCUGCGCUGUGGGAGUUCCAUGGAAACCAUUCUUCCCAUCAUGAACCGGUUCUCUGAGAUUGAGACGUGCGUUGAGUGCUCUGCAAAGAACCUAAAAAACAUUUCAGAGCUGUUCUACUAUGCACAGAAGGCAGUUCUGCACCCCACUGCUCCUCUUUAUGACCCUGAGGACAAACAGCUAAAACCGUCGUGUGUCCGAGCCCUCUCCAGAAUAUUCUACAUUUCUGACCAGGACAACGACCGCAUCCUCAGUGAUGCUGAACUCAACAGCUUUCAGAAAUCGUGUUUUGGGAAUCCUCUGGCACCACAAGCCUUAGAAGAUGUAAAGACUGUAGUUUGGAAGAACACCAGCGAUGGAGUGCAGGACAAUGGCUUGACCCUAAAUGGUUUCUUGUUCCUUAAUACAUUAUUUAUCCAGAGAGGCCGACAUGAAACCACGUGGACUAUCCUCAGGAAGUUUGGUUACGAUGACAACCUUGAGCUGACUGAUGAUUACCUUUACCCUGAACUCCGAGUUCCUGUAGGCUGCACCACAGAGUUCAAUCAUCAAGGUUACCAGUUCAUCCAGCGGUUGUUUGACAAGUACGAUGAAGAUAAGGACUCGGCCCUGUCACCGACAGAGCUUAGAAACCUGUUCUGCGUAUGUCCUUACAUGCCAUGGGGUCCUGAAGUCUACAUGACUGUCCCAACCACGAAUGAGGGCUAUAUCUCGAAUAACGGCUACCUCUGUCAGUGGACGCUUUCUGCAUACCUUGACAUCCACCGUUGCCUGGAGCACCUAGGAUAUCUAGGCUACCCUAUUCUCACUGAACAGGAGUCACAGACUGCUGCAAUCACAGUGACACGGGAGAAAGAAGUGGACCUAGAAAAGCGACAGACACAGAGAUCAGUGUUUCUCUGCAAGGUGAUUGGACCGAGAGGGACAGGCAAGACGGCCUUCCUCCAGGCUUUUUUGGGUCGCCACAUUGUGAAUAAAGGAGAUUCCAGCAGUGCCUUCUCCCCAUAUGUCAUAAAUGCUGUCCAAGUCAGUAACCAAGAAAAGUACCUUAUCCUUAACGAGGUGGACGUGGAGACGGAGUUCUUGAAGAAGUCAGACGCCUCCUGUGAUGUUGCUUGUCUCAUGUAUGACAUCAGUGACCCCCAUUCCUUCAACUAUUGUGCCAGCAUAUACAAGCAACACUACAUGGAAAGCAACAUUCCAUGCAUGCUGGUCGCCUCCAAGGUGGACCUUCCCGAAGUUAAGCAGUUCCACGGGAUGACCCCAGCUGAGUUCUGUUAUAAGCACCGAUUGCCUCCACCGAUGCCCUUCUCCACGCUGUCCCUCGACUCCACCAGCAAGAACAUCUACACCAGGCUUGCCUGGGCAGCAAUGUACCCGCACCUGAAUGGCUCGGACAUGAACAACACAACAUUCUGGCUGCGAGUGGCUUUGGGCUCGGCUGUGGUUGCAGUUCUGGGUUUUGCUAUCUACAGAGCCGUUGCCCGACUGAAAUGACUGACAGGCUGGAUAGUUUUUUUUGUUUUGUUUUUUUUUUCUCCAGCUUGUUGCUUCAUCCGUCAAGACCAAACCUCUGUGACCAGAUGCAGAACCGCUGCAGCUUGAACUAGACAAAGUCCGUGUCAUCUUACUUUUUUUU